UUCAACUCCAUCAAAAAACACCAAAACAGUGUAAUACCAAGGGUUUUUGCUGAUUCAUUGAUAAUACACUUCACAACUGGUUAUCAUUUCCAUUUCAAGAAGAAGAAAAAUGCCGUGCCUUAACAUUUCUACCAACGCCAACCUUGACGGCGUCGACACUUCCUCCGUCCUCUCCGAAGCCACUUCCGCCGUCGCUAAACUCAUCGGAAAACCUGAAGCUUAUGUUAUGGUGGUACUCAAAGGAUCAGUGCCAAUGGCAUUUGGUGGAACUGAGCAGCCUGCAGCAUAUGGUGAACUUGUCUCUAUUGGUGGCCUUAAUCCUGAUACCAACAAGAAAUUGAGUGCUGCCAUUGCCUCAAUCCUCGAGACCAAGUUGUCUGUUCCCAAGGAUCGUUUCUUCCUCAAAUUCUACGACACCAAGGGUUCCUUUUUUGGCUGGAAUGGUUCGACCUUCUAAAUGCAUGUAUGGUUGAAGGAUAUUGCCUACAUGUACAACUCCCCUUCCAUUUGAAGCCGUAUCAUGGAAUUAUUUCUGUAUCUACCUGUUAGAAGGAUACUAUCUAGCCCUGUGGCUUAGUUAAUGAAGACAAUGUAAUUAACCUUACCUUUGUAUCAGAACAUCUAUUAUGGAGUUGCGUAUGCUACUCUGUAGUAUUUUAACUCUUUUAAGUCCUAUAACGAUGGAGGCGUACUCAUUUCUCUUCUUCCCAGGAACCAUGCUGUAAAACCUUUUACUCCAAUUUCCAAGGACUAGUACUACUAGUCGAUGACAUAAAUACGAUGUUUUUUA